UCCGUUUAUGAGUCAUAGCACGCAAAUGACCGCCACUCCUGCCGCUCGCGCGCGUCUGCACAGAUCUGCCGUGUGAUAGGGAGGAGGAACAGUCCGCAAACAGCCUGAAGAGAGAGAGAAAAAAAUUCAUUCACAGAGAAGAAGCCGCUGUUGGUUAUUUUUAGGGCGGAGGAGCUGACUGCCAGCAGACGCCUUUGCAAACAUUCCCACAUCGCGUCGCUCCACCUUGAAUUAACGCAGGAUAUGUCAGCGUAAAGCCGCGCGUAAAGAAGCUGCGUGCGGCGCCGCGGAAAGGACGCGUUUUCCAGGCAAUUUCACCUCGUUUCUGGAGGAAAAAAUCCACUCUGCUGAUUGCAAACGACGCAGCCGGCGCUCCUGGUUUCCUGCACAGACAGACGGUCGGUGCAUCAGAUCGGAUUGUUGCCGCCGCUGAGGACGCGUUUGUUGGAUUUUUACGGCUGUUCUUGUUAUUUGGAGGAGCGAGCUGCCUCCGUCAGGUGCACAGCAGAGAGAGAGAGAGAGCAUCCCAUCCGCCCAGCAGAGAUGGCGAAGGCAGACCAGCGUUUCGGCCAGAGGGACGGCUCCGACCAGAACUUUGACUACAUGUUCAAGCUGCUGAUCAUCGGCAACAGCAGCGUCGGAAAAACCUCCUUCCUGUUCCGCUACGCCGAUGACUCCUUCAGCAACUCCUUCGUCAGCACAGUGGGCAUCGACUUCAAGGUGAAGACGGUGUAUCGCAACGACAAGAGGAUCAAGCUGCAGAUCUGGGACACGGCGGGGCAGGAGCGUUACCGCACCAUCACCACGGCCUACUACCGCGGCGCCAUGGGCUUCAUCCUCAUGUACGACAUCACCAACGAGGAGUCCUUCAACGCCGUCCAGGACUGGGCAACUCAGAUUAAGACGUACUCGUGGGACAACGCCCAGGUGAUCAUGGUGGGCAACAAGUGCGACAUGGACGAGGAGAGAGUCGUGCCUCCGGAGAAAGGGAAACACCUCGCCGACCAGUUAGGCUUCGAGUACUACGAAGCGAGCGCCAAGGAGAACAUCAACGUGCGGCAGGUCUUCGAGCGCCUGGUGGACAUCAUCUGUGUGAAGAUGUCGGAGCGCGUUGACGUGGAAGUGCCGGCGGCUCCCGGGACCAAAACCACCAGACUGACCGACAAGCCCGCCCAGCUACCUCAGAAGUGCUGCUGAUCAUCCGUCCCUUCAUGCGCCCAUCCCUACGCUGUCCCCUCGUCCCCCAAAUCUCUCAACAAAAACAACAAAAAAAGCAGAUUAACUAUUGUAACAUUCCUCUACACACUCUCUCUGCUUCAGUCCAUGUUCGUGAGCAGUCAAUAAUCACUACUGCGAUUUAUAUAGCGUUUCAUCCCCCUCCUGUCCCCAAGUAUCCGAGGUUGGUCCUUACGUAGACGGAGGAGUAAAGGUGGCAGUGCACUCUGGACAACAUUUAGUUUGGCGUGUUUGAAAAGGUUUCAGAUUUCAGGAGGUUAUGAGAUUUACGAGAAGUAGAAUAAAGCCUGGUCACACGAGAAAGUGGCAAAAUUCAUCCGUGUGUCCUCACCAAACAGGUCAUGCUAGAAGCUCAGUUUGAAGUUUGAAGGUGUCCAUGCAGAUAUUUGUGCCAGCAAAAAAUUGGUAGCAAUAGUUGGUUACAAGCUGGCUGGGGUUGCAAACUGCCAGCUGGUAAACUAGCUUGGUUACUAACGGGACAUUAAGUUUGUGCAUUUUACGUGUUUUAAAGAGACACAUCUGUAUCGUUGGCUCUGCAAACCACAGACAGAGGAAGGUUUUAUACAAAAGGAUGAAGCAGCUAAUGAGCUACGAUAGAGAGCUUUGUCUUGAAAUCUUUUGCUCCGUCAAGAUUGUGGAUAUAUAAAGAGAACUGGAGUUGGAGACAGGACCGUGUUUAUUCCAAAAGGGCUCUGCUAUAUGAAAUUACCGGGAUCUUACGCAUCCUGGAGCUCGUAGAUUAAGUAGACUAUGGCAGCUGAGUAGCUAACUUCCUGUUUAGCACUCUGCUAACUUGAAGGGGGAUAAAAGUAUUCAAUUAUGCAACUCUUCAAGACUUUCAAAAUGUUAUUCGACUAAAUAGGUCAAAUCCCAGAUCCUAAAAUCCUAGAAACAUCCAAAAAUCCAUUAAAUGUCCUAAAAUAUGAGAAAUGUG